AUGGACUCAAAGAAGAAAAACAAGACCCGCUCUUCGAAGGCUGGGAUCAUUUUCCCCGUAGGCCGCAUACAUCGGCUGCUAAAAAAUGGGAACUAUGCGAGGAAAGUAGGCGUUGGAUCUGCUGUAUAUCUCGCAGGAGUUGCAGAGUAUUUAGCAGCUGAGAUAUUGGAGUUAGCAGCGCAAGCGGCCCAAGAUAAUAGCAGAAGCCGUGUAGCGCCUCGCCAUAUCCUGUUAGCAGUCAAGAACGAUGAUGAGCUCCGGAAACUCCUGGCUGGCGUCGUCAUCUCUGAAGGCGGUGUGCUGCCUUCCAUCCGUCAGGAGCUGCUGCCGAAGAAGACCAUCAAAUCGUCGCAAGAAGAUUGA